CUUUAGAUGCUCUCACCACUCACAAACAGUAAAAUAGAUCAACGAAGUCAUGGAACUUCCAUCGACAACCAGCAAGCCACAUGUAGUAUGCUUCCCUUACCCAGCUCAAGGUCACAUAAACCCAAUGCUUAAACUAGCCAAACUACUCCAUACCAAAGGUUUCUACAUUACGUUUGUCCAUACAGAGCACAAUCAGAGACGCUUGCUACACUCUAGAGGCUCUAACUCCCUCGCCGGCUUGCCUGACUUCGUUUUCGAAACUAUUACAGACGGUCUUCCUCCGGCUACUGAUGUUGAUUCUAAUCAAGAUAUUGAAUCUCUUAAUAAAUCUGUUUCAAGAAACUGCUCAGCUCCAUUUCGGCAACUUCUUGCAAAACUCAAAGAAUCCUCCAAUGUUCCACCAGUCACUUGUAUAGUAUCUGAUGGUAUUAUGACUUUCACUCUUGAUGCUGCUCGUGAAAUUGAAGUUCCUGGAAUCUUGUUUUGGUCUACAAGUGCUUGUGGUUUGUUAGGCUAUGCAUAUUGUUGGCAUCUUAUUCAAAGACGCUUAAUACCACUCGAAGAUAGUAGCUGUUUAACAAAUGGAUAUCUAGAGACAACUGUGGACUCAGUUCCAGGUAUGGAAGGAAUACGUUUAAAGGACUUUCCAGCUUUGAUUCGUACAACAGAUGGAAAUGAUUUCUUUCUGAACUUUGCAAUUAGAGAAGUAGAAGGAGCCUCAAAAGCUUCAGCUAUUAUUCUCAAUACAUUUGAUGAUUUAGAGCGUCAAGUUUUAGUUUCUCUCUCAUCUGUUUUUACCCCUCCAAUUUACACCAUUGGUCCUCUCGACUUACUUCUUGAUAAAAUUGCUCCAAGAAAUAACCUAACCUCCAAUAUUGGUUCCAAUUUAUGGAAAGAAGAUCAUGAGAGCCUUCAAUGGCUUAAUUCGAAGAAACCCGAUUCAGUACUUUAUGUAAAUUUUGGCAGCAUGAUUAACUUGACACCGCAAGAACUUGUAGAAUUUGCAUGGGGACUUGCUAAUAGCAAGAAAGACUUCCUGUGGAUAAUCAGGCCUGAUCUUGUCAAUGACAAAUCCGUAGUUCUGCCACAAGAUUUUCUUCUUGAGGUUAAAGAAAGAGGUUUAAUUGCAAGUUGGUGUCCACAAGAGGAAAUCCUGAAGCACCCAUCGAUUGGAGGGUUUUUAAGUCAUAUGGGUUGGAAUUCAACUAUAGAAAGCUUGUCAAGUGGCGUUGCAAUGGUUUGUUGGCCUUUUCUCGGCGAGCAACCAACAAAUUGUUGGUUUGCUUGCAACGAAUGGGGGAUCGGUACAGAGAUGGACAGCAGUGUGAAGAGAGAUGAAAUAGAGAAGGUCGUUAGGGUCUUAAUGGAGGGAGAAAAGGGGAAAGAAAUGAAGAAGAAAGCAGCCGAGUGGAAAAGAAAGGCUGAAGAAGCCAUUGCCCCUGAUGGUAAAUCAGUUUUGAAUUUGGAUAGAUUGGUCAAUGAGGUGCUAUUGUCAAAAACUGCAUAGAAAUGAAAAAAAAAAAAUUGUUUUCUUUAUGAAUCAAUUAGGCCAUUUAGUUAAUUAAUAAAUUGUAUCUGAAUUAGUUUUCUUUUUUGAAAAAUAUUGAGGUUGAGCUUAAUAUUAUUCAUUGCCAAGUUGUGAGGAUUUUAUCUAAUAGAUUAAUAUGCUCUGUUUCAGUAUUGUGUGAUUAA